CUUUGAGACUGUGGAGGAGCUGAAUGAACCGAUACCUGCUAAGAUCACAGGUGUUUUACCGUCAUGGCUGGGCGGCAGUCUUCUCAGGAUGGGACCGGGUCUUUUCGAGGUGGGGGAUGAACAUUUCCACCACCUGUUUGACGGACAGGCUCUCAUGCACAAGUUUGACCUGAAGGACGGCCAGGUGACCUACUACAGGAAGUUUAUCAAGACAGAUGCAUACGUUCGUGCCAUGACAGAGAACAGAGUGGUCAUCACUGAGUUUGGCACGGCAGCUUACCCAGACCCCUGCAAAAACAUCUUCUCCAGAUUCUUUACUUACUUCAGAGGCAUUGAGGUGACUGAUAACUGCUUAGUGAACAUCUAUCCAAUCGGUGAAGACUUCUACGCUGUCACGGAGACCAAUUACAUCACCAAGGUUGAUCCUGAUUCGCUGGAGACUUUAGAGAAGGUGGACCUGUGUAAGUACCUCUCAGUGAAUGGGGUGACUGCUCAUCCUCACAUGGAAGCAGACGGCACAGUCUACAACAUCGGCAACUGCUUUGGCAAGAACAUGAGUCUGGCCUAUAACAUCAUCAAGAUCCCACCUGCUCAGAAAGACAAGUCCGACCCUUUAGAGAAAUCCCAGGUCCUCGUUCAACUCCCCAGCAGUGAGAGGUUAAAGCCCUCCUACGUACACAGUUUCGGUAUGACAGACAACCACUUCGUGUUUGUGGAGCAGCCGGUGAAGAUAAACCUGCUCAAGUUCUUGUCGGCUUGGAGCGUCAGAGCAACCACAUACAUGGACUGCUUCGAAUCCAACGAGAGCAUGGGGACCUGGUUCCACUUGGCCUCUAAGGACCCAGCAGCUUAUCUGAGCAGCCACAAGUUCAGAACAUCAGCUUUCAACGUCUUUCAUCAUAUUAACACCUACGAAGAUGAAGGGUUCAUCGUAGUUGACCUCUGCACGUGGAAAGGUCAUGAUUUUGUGUAUAACUACCUGUACCUGGCCAACCUGAAGGAGGAGUGGGAGGAGGUGAAGAAAGCGGCCAUGAAAGCUCCUCAGCCCGAGGUCAGACGAUACGUGCUGCCGCUGGACAUACACAGUGAAGAGCAGGGAAAGAACCUCGUCUCUCUGCCCUACACGACAGCAACUGCUGUUCUUCACAGCGACGGCACCAUCUGGUUAGAGCCUGAAGUCCUCUUUUCUGGACCGAGACAAGCCUUUGAGUUUCCACAGAUUAACUACUCUCUGUGUAGUGGGAAGAAGUAUUCCUUCACCUACGGUCUGGGACUCAACCACUUCAUCCCUGACAGGAUAGUCAAGCUGGACGUGCAGACUAAAGAGACCUGGGUGUGGCAGGAGGAUGAUUGUUAUCCAUCAGAGCCGCUGUUCGUACAAACACCAGGAGCUACAGCGGAGGAUGAUGGUGUGCUGCUGAGUAUUGUGGUGAAGCCGGGGGCAGAGAGACCAGGCUUCCUGCUGGUGCUGGAUGCCACGAAACUGACAGAGAUCGCCAGGGCAGAGGUUGACACCAUCAUCCCCGUGACCUUUCACGGCAUGUACAGACCAUGAUCCUGCAGUAACUCAUCCAAGAUACAUCCUAAAACACAGCAGUCACAUUCAUUUUCCUGCCAGCCAGCUACGUUUUUCAAUUACAAAUGGACUCCAAAUAAUAGUUUUUUUUUCCAAAGCUGCUGCUGAAGUAUAUUAAGUGUA